AUGCCGCCGCCGCUGUCUGUCCGGAUCAAAUCCAUACCGUCCGUACUCGUUCUCGUAUCAGCCUCACUCUCUCUGAUUGGCCUACCUAGCUGCAUCAGUAGGCUGGGAUACUACAUAGCCUCAGUGCAGGGUAACCAGGUCCCUCGCGCGGUGCCGUUCGGCGGGCGCGUUUGGGGGUGGUGUUUGGCCAUUGGAAACAGCUGUUCCAACACCGUGAGGCGUUGGAUUACAUACUGUCCUAUCACUAUUCAGUCUCGUGUCUGA